AUGGUUCUCAAUGCCUUUGAUUAUGCAACAAAAGAUGUUCCGAUGAUAGUUCUUCCAUUAUACAAACCAUUACUUGCAAGAUUCCAUCAAUUAUUAUCUGAAGUCGGAUCUUCACAUACAGCAACAACAGUUAAAAGUACUAUUGGUAUAAUGCAUCUCUUAGGUAUGGCUAUACCAUUAUCAAAUACCCAAACUGAUGAUACACAAGCACUUGCAAAAAUAAUUGAUGAACAUAUUGAAAAACUUGCUUCAACUGCAGGUCCAGAUACAUUUGUUCGUUUAUUAACAUUAGGUGGAAUGUAUCCUACACAAAUGAAACGAUGGAUAUCACAUGCAUUUUUAAAUUGGAGUCUCAAUUUAAAUAAAAUAUUAUGGUUUGAUACUUAUUUAAUAUUAUCAUCAGCUAAAAGACAUUUUCGUCCAUUAAAUGAUCUAUUUGAUUUAGCUGUAAUACGAUGUAAUAAUGAACUUGAUAAAAAUAAUAUUCUUGUUGAUCAUGAUACUCUUUAUAUGACAUGUGCUUUAUAUAAAUAUUCAAAAAUAAAAUUAAAACUUCGAUUAAAUAAAAAAUUACAUAUGUGUUUAGAUAAUUUUGAUCCACAUGAAAUAUGUCUUUUAUUUCAACAUGUUAAUCCUGAUACAUGUAAUGAUUUGGAAUUAUUAUUACGUAUACAUCAAAAAUUAAAAUAUAUAUCAUUAUCAAGUGAUGAAUAUGAAAAUGAUUUUUGGCCAAUGCUUAUUGUAUUAACUGAACAUAUAAAUAAAAAUAUUGAUUAUUAUACAUCUGAAUCAGCUGGUGCUGACUUUAUAAUGCAUCUACGUGCUGAAAUUGAACGUACAAAAUCACGAGCAAAUGAAACAUGGUUUAUACGUGAUCAAUAUUUAGCAAUUUUAACAUUCUAUUUAAAGUAUGCUUUGAGUGGAACUGCUAUUCCAAGAAAUAUUAUGAUCAAUGCUGAUGCAAUGAUAGCUCAAGCAAACUUAAAAGAUACUGGUACACUUCUUGCCGGAUAUUAUAAUGCAGCAUCAUUAACAACACCCGACGCAGCUAAUAUGACAUUUCAACGUCAAAUAAAACAAAUUCAUGAUAUAAUUGUUCAUCAUAAAAUGGAACAUUUAUCAAAUUUAUCAAUAUAUCCAUUUAGUCAUUUAGUGAAUUUUUUAAGUCAUAUAACAUCAUCACGUUAUAAUAUUGAUACACCAAUAUUAGAACCAUUUUUUGAACGUUUAAAUUCAUUUGAUAAUCAAACAUUAUUAAGUUUACGUGAUGUAAAUAAUUUAUCAUUAUUAUUUUCUCAUUCAGCACGUUUAUAUCCAUCAUUACUUGAUUCAAUGUGUUCAACAUUAAUUGAUACACAAGCAACAUCAUUAAGAUUAAUAGCAACUUUUUUUCGUUGUUUAUAUAAAAUUAAUUAUAAACCUGAACAAAUCAAUGAUUUAUGUUCAUUAGCUCGUCAUCUUUAUGAAAAUGGAGAUGAUAUACGUCCAAUUGAUAUGCUAUGGUUAGCUAUGACAAGUACUGGUUUAUUAAAUCAAUUAGAUGAAAAAUUAUUACAUGAUAUUUUUUCAUUAUCAUUUCUUGGUAGUGUUGAUCAAGUAUCAUUAAAAAAAAAUUCUAUUCAACUUGGUCAACCAUUAUUUCGUUUAAAUCAAAUUGUAUGUAUUGAUCAUCCACAAUUAAACAUUCCUUGGUUUAAUGAUCGAUUUGGAUUAGAAAGUGCUUUACCAGAUAUGCAUCGUCAUUGGAUGGUACGAAAUGCUACAUUUGAUCAUAUUGAAUCAAAUUUAACAACAAUGCUUGGUGGUAAAAAAUAUCUUCAAACUCAUACACUUUCUCCAUAUUUUCAUGAAAUUGAUUUUGAAUGUAUUCUACGAUUGGAUAAUCGUCAACCCGUUCCAUGUGAUCAAUAUGAUUUAAUGAAAAAUAUUAGUGGAAAUAAAGAACUUGAUAUUCCCGAUGGAUGUGAACGAGUAGCAAUUCAAGUCACAACACCAAAUCAUCAUUGUCAUAAUACAACACAUUAUGUUGGUUCAGUUGAAAUUUCAUUUCGUCAUUUGAAAAAACUCGGCUAUCGACUUGUUAUUCUUCCUUAUUACGAAUUAACAACAAUUGAAUCAUCUGCAAGUCGUUUUCGUUAUUUGAAUAACAAAUUAUUCAAGCAUAAUCAAUAG